AUGUACCGCGCCGCAGCACCACGGCUCGCAUCCGCCGUCCGCGGCGCCCACGCCCACGCCCGCGCCGUGCCCACAACCCGCCGCCUCUACGCAACCAAGGGCGCCGCCCCCCCUCCCCCGCCAAAACUCUCCUUCACCGAGCGCCUCCGCAACAAACUCUGGCGGCCCGGCGCCGUGCCCCAGCCCGAAGAGGCCGACCAGCAGCUCGCCGCCGCCGCCGCCCCACCCGCCGCCAGAAAACCGUCUGACAUCCCCGGCUACGUCGAGGCGCUCGAUGCCCGCGAUCUCCCCGUCGUGGGGCUGGACCCGGCUCUGGAGGAGUGGGAUGUGCCUGUCUUCAUCACCAACACAAAAUUCACCUCCCCCUCCGCACUCGUCCGCGCCGUGCACCGCGCCGUCAUAGAAGUGCACACCCCACUCCUCAACGGCCUCCCCGCGUCCGCCUUCAGCAGCAGAUACACAGGCCCCGAGCAACUAACGCCCCGCGUGCGCAUCACCGUGUCUUCCAGCGGCGGCGGCGACGCCGUGUUCGACUUCCGCUCGCCAGAGAUCGAGCAGGACAUUCUCGCCACCCUGGAGGGCGGCGCCGAGGGCGCCGAGGUCAGGGCGUAUAGCGAGGAGGAGGUGUAUCCCGCCGAGCAGCAGCAGGGGGAGGAGGAGGAGCAAGCAGAGUGGGUGGUGGAGGGGCUGGAGAGGAGGGGCUGGGCGGCGCUGGGGGUGAAGGAGGAGGUGAGGUUUGCGCUGGUGAAGCGGGUGGCGCAGCUUACGGGGGUGAGGAUGCUGGAUGCGGAGGCGGGCGCGGUGAAGACGGUGGCGGAGCUGCUUGAGCAUCUCGAGACAAAGACAAAGCCGAAGAAGCUCUUUGAGAUCAUCGCGCAGACGCCGCUGCCGGACCUCCCGAAUGUGAAGGUCUAUGAGACGAGGCUGAGGCCGUGGGACAAGGAGAGGAUGAUUGGCAGGGAGAGGCCGUUCGAAAAGGUGGUUGAGUUUAAGUAUCCCUUUGAGGCGCGUGAUAGGAAGUAG